AUGGGCACCGACGACGACGCCUUCACCUUCCUCAAAUUCAACACUCAAGGCGCCGAGGACGACCGUAGUGGAGGAGUCGGGUCGGGUCACCAGUCAGAUGCGCCACCCGUUUGGGCUGACCCAGGAAGCGGCCCGAAUCCCCAGGCAGCUGGGGCGUGCGGCAGCGGCGGCGGUAAUAAUAAUCAGGUGGUUGAGGCCCUAGCGGCUAGGAUUAGUGUGCUCAACUCUGAGGAUUUUAGGGAACAGGCGUGCAAUUUUCUGAUGGGGCAAGGGGAGAUAUGUGCUUGUGGAUCCUGUCUGACUCUGAAUAGAUUUGAGGCUGCUAAUGAUGAAAAGAUUGUUGGUGAUACUGAUGAGUCUUGCAUAUCCAAAGCACAUUGGAAUCAUGAGAUGGGCAUGGCAGAGGUCAUUGUUCUUGAGGGUACAAAUUGGAAGAACACAGGAGUUAUCCAGAGCGGCAACAAGCUCUAUUGCUCUAUUUAUGAAGUUUUGUUUUUAGUUGAAAAGGGGCAUUUGCGUCUCUUGGAUGAUAGUGGUACUAGCACUUCCUUGGAGGAUAUAUUUAUGAAGAUUUCAGAUGAAAAUAAUAGGUGGUAUUGGGAGGAAUUUCAAGCGUAUAGGAAACUCAAAUCCCUUGGGUACAUUGUUGGGCAGUAUGGUAUCCCCUGGUCUACAAUUGGCGUGAAGAGUAAGUGUGAAUUUGUUUCUUCUCAAGGUUGUCCUAAAAUUGAUGAGGCGGUGGACUUCGAAACCAAUGACACUAGUUCUUCCAAUGGAUUGUUCAAUGAGAUGCAGAGUAAUGAAGCAAGACCGGUUUUUGAUGUUUAUGCCCCAAACAAAAACUUCAAGAAGUCUUCUCCUGGAGAUCCAUGUUUUGUGCUUUGUUUUACUAGGUCUCGUCCGCCAUCCAAACUAGACCUUGAAGCUCUCGAGAGACAAUGUGGGAGCAUUCCUUUAAAGUUUUGUCAUGUGGAUUAUGGAUCAGCAAGUUUCUUCUCCUUUGACAAGGUGGAACUUCCUACCCUUCCUUGA